GGAGUUUUUGGGUUUGGCGCCGGCAUCGGCACUCGCUGUCCGAAGAUGGUGGAGUUCCCGGAAGCUCUGCGGCACAUCCCAGCUGCAGAGGCCAUGCGGGACCUGCAGCUUCAGGGCCAGGUGCCGGACACCCACCGCUUCCUGCGGCUGGUGGCGAAGCUGGGCUGUGGCCUGGCGGCGCCGCUGCAGAAGGACCUCCGCCAGGCCGCGGAGAAGAUCUUCGCGGCGGCAGGAUGGAUGGAGCGCAUGGCGGUGUGGGCGCAGUCUGAGCAGGGCUUCACGCUGAACGUGACUCGCGUCUACUGCUCCGCGGUGUGCAUCUUCCACCGCCGCGGCUUGCCGGAGUUGGCCCUCCAGGCGGUCGAGGCGCUGCGCGCCAGGAACGCGGAGGUGCCGAUUUGUACUUUGUCUUUGGCGAUUGAUGCCUGCUUACAGGCAGGCUGGUCUGACAAAGCAUGCGAGCUCUUCAAAGAAGCCAAGAUGCUGGUCUCGCAGAAGCUGGCAGCAGCCCAGCAAAAUGAAGCUGUAGAGGAGGCGGACGUUGAGGAUUCUGACUCUGAUGCAGAAAAGCCGGGCAAGGAUGGCGACCCCUGCCCAGAGCCAGAAGAGUCUUCACUGCGUACUGAUGGAAUGCCACCUUGGCUGAGCCCAAGGGAGGGUCAUUUGGUGGCACUCAUUGCCUGCCAUGUGGCAAUCCUGAACCACCUGGCCCUGCAUCCGGGGUACUGGACUGGGGAAGCCCCGGCCGAGCCGAAGCCCGGCGCCUUCAGCGCGGUCAGCCUAGUCCGGGACGGCCUGGAAGUCGUGCAGUCUGCUUGCAGCCUGGCGGAGAAGCCCUGCCCUGGUGCAUCAGCGCUGCUGGGGCAGAUCGACGGUCUAGGCCGUCGGCGGCAGAAGGCUCUGCGUUUGCUCCUGGCGCCCUGUGCCCGGCUGACGCAGCUGCCGGAGGCGGAGCCAGAGCUGGCGGAGCUGGUGACAGGGGCCGGGCUGGAGGCGGCGAGCCUUGCGACAGCCGGUCUCAUGGAGACAGCGGCAGUGCAGCGCGUGGAGGACUUUGGGGACGAGAUCUCGGAGCAGGACGCUCUCGAUGUGCGGAGCAACGUGCUGAGUUUGCUGCGCCGCUUGGAGCGGCCGCUCUGCCGGGAGGACCUGGACGAGCAGAUUCGCGCCAUGGGACGGCGGAAGAUCAAGCGGCCGGGCAUGAUACUGCAGACCUUCCGGGUCAUGGCCCAGUUGGCCGCCAGAGGGCAAUCGGCGCUGGAACCUGGGGUGGCAAAGGCCAUGAGGCACAUGGCGCCGGACCAGGACAGCUGCGCGGCCACCGUGGAGGCGCUUUUUGCAUGUGGCUCGGUGGAUGCGGCGGAGGAGAUCUACCGCCGAUGCCGCGCUGCGCUGUUGCCGAACCCAGCACUCUACAGCGCGAUGAUCUUCGGCCGCCUGGCGUGCGGCGACGGGGAUGGCGCCACGGAGGCCAUGCUGGACAUGGCCGCGGCGGGCUUCACGCCCCACCAGCGCUUCCUCUCCAGGAGUCUUCGGUUCAUGGGCCCCUUCCACAACCAGGGCCUGUUGCUGGUGGAGCGUCUGGGUUUGCCGCACCUGCAGCAAAAGCUGCUUCAUGUGCUGAUGGAGGCCUGCAACAACUCGCCCAACCCGGCCGAAAGCGCCCUGGAAGUAUACCGCUUUAUGGCAAAGGAGUGGGUGCCCACUCCAGACACCCACUUCGCCAUGCUCAAGGCGCUGUGCGGCACGGAAGUGGAUCUGGCCAUCUGUGAGCUCCGGUCCUUCCAGGCCCAGGAGGUACUUCCACCCCAUCCCGGGUUCGAGCUGCUGCUCAGGGAGUGCUUCGGGUUGGCCAACCGCCGGCACCGGGCGUGCCUGGUGAUGGAGGCGCGCAGGGCCUGGGUGGAGGAGGUGUCGGCCAUGGCGCCGUGCGAGCUGCGGCACCUGGUGACCAUGGGCCAAGAGCUGCAGAAGCGGAUGGAGGCAAUAGUGCCAGAGACAAAGGAGCACUACUGGGAUGCGGAGCAGGUGUGGGAGGCUGAUCCGGAAGCCGACCAGUAUGCCGAAGAAGGGCAAGCGGACCGGCCCAGAAAGUGCUCCGAAGAUGGCGAUCCAGCGAUGCUGGAUGACAGCUGCUUCGGCCCCAACUGCUGCUACAGGUGGGUGUUGGAGACGUACUGCGCUGCCCUGCCUUUGCACUUAGCCGCUGUCAAUGCCGUGCAGUACGUGGUGUGGCGAUACAGCCUGGUGCGCUCUGGGGUUCAGAAGGCGCUGCUUCAGCAGGAGUUGGACCAGGCACUCACCGGUGACCACGCCAGGAUUGGCAGUCAGCUGCACUCGGAGCUGCUGCAGGACUGCAUUUGUCAGGUCGAAGGCGAGGCCUGGGAGCCUUUGGGCUUCGUCUUGCUCGUGGCGAUGCAGCUCAGCGCGUUGGAGGUGCUAGAAGGGACGCAGAUCCGGCUUCUUCGCAUGCUCUUCCGGGCCUUGCCAGCGGCCAACCGCAACUUGGAACCCAAGCACGUUACCUUCAUAGAGAAGGAGGCUUAUCAGCUAUCACCGGGUGUUCUGACGGAGCUGCUGAGCAUUUGUGCUAGCCUGGGCCUUGCACCCUUUAGCUCGCCAGAGGCGCGGCAGUCCUUGGCAGACAUUGCCCAGAACUACUACUUGAAACGCGGCUCAGGAGAGGAACCCAUCAAGUUGAGCACUGCCCUUCGCUUCGUUCGCACCCACAAUUUGAUCGACCUGUUGGCGGAGGAUGUGCUCUUCGUGCCGGUGAUGUGUGCCUUCAACGAUGGGCAGCCGCAGCACGCGUACAAUUUGGGAGAGGGCGAGCCCGAGUUGCAGCUGAAGAUGAUCUCUUAUGCCAUCCGAAAAGGCCAUCGCCUGGCUGCUGGCCGUCUGGUGGAUCGCUUUGGCUUGCCAGAGGAGGAGCUUCCGGAUUGGCCGGGAGAGCACGGGAGCUUUCGGGACGCCUGCGGCGCCUGCGUGCGGGAGGCGGAGGAGGCAGAGGCGACGGAGCUCCGAGCAGCGAGCAACAGGAAGAUGGCGGCGGCAGCAGAAGAGGAAGGCGCUUGCUUGCAGCUGCCGGAGCAUGUGGCAUCGCAGGUCAUGGUCAUAUCUACGCCCGUUGAACUGCGAGAUGUGGCCAAGCGCCUUUUGGCGCUGGCGUCUUUGGCCGAUGCAGAUUCUUUGCCCACAACCCUGGCGACACCCGGCCGGGUUCUGGGCCUGGAUGCUGAAUGGAAGCCAUUCUUGGAGAAGCGCGGAGGCAUGCAGAAGCACCGGAGGAGCACGCAGACUGUGGCGGCUAUGGAGCCUUGCUCCACCCUGCAGGUGGCCGCCGAUGACUUUGUGGCCAUCUUCGACCUGCUUGCGCUGACGAAAGAGGCCACCAUCGCCCAUGAGCUGUCAAAUCUGCUGGGGGCGCUGUUUGCACACCCGAAGAUUGUGAAGCUGGGGUUUGGCCUGCAGAACGAUUUGCAGCGGCUAGCGGCGUCCUACCCCCAACUGGCGUGCUUCCGGUGCAUGCGAGCCACGCUGGAUGUCCAGGAGGCGUUCAUGGCCCUGAGGCGGAACAAGGGUCAGUCUACCGGCCUGUCGGCUUUGUGCACAGAGCACUUUGGGGCUCCUCUGAGCAAACGCUUGCAGACCAGCGACUGGUCAGCGCGCCCGCUGAGCCGAGAGCAGGUGCUCUAUGCGGCGCUGGACGCCUUCUGUUUGCUUGGCCUGGCAAGGAAUCUGCCAGAGAGCGCUUGGCAGGACCUCGAGGUUCAAAGCAUCGGCCAGAAGCUAGUGGUGGCUUCCUCUCGAGCCGGGGGUUAUCCUGUGGCAGCCGCAGACGCUGAGGAGAUCGCCGCGGUGGACUCGGACAUCGCGGCCAAGGGCCUGGAGAUCAGGAGCAUGAAGGCCCAGGGGAAGCCCAAGAGCGCGUGGCAGGCGGAGGUGGCAAUCCUUUUGCAGCUGAAGGCCAAGUACAAGGAGUUGGCUGGAUGCGAAUGGGUCCCUGCCCUAAGUGCCUAGCCGACAAGCUGCCGCCUUGAACGACCCAUCUUCUUGGAAUCAGGCAGGCUGACCAAAAGACUCAAUCAGCUGUGCCUUGGAGCAUUGAGGGCCUACUUGUUUUUGAGUUCGGAAAUAUGUGGAAAUUGUGCUUUGCGAUAGCCGCACUGAUGUACGUCCCGCAUGGCAGGAUCGCAGCCACUCAGCAGCGAUGCGCUAUGCGGUGGACUUCCUGGAUGGCCUAACUUGGGUCAAUGCGAUCCACAGUCUGUUAUGGCUUGUUUGUGAAUACUUCGGAGGAAAAACAACGGGGUUGUCUCAAAUCUAAGAUUGCCC